CAGUCGUUUAUGUAUACCGCUAAACGACAUGCAGUUAUAUUUCACCAGAAAACGAUCACAUUCUUCAGAUUUGCGCGCCAAAUCACACUGCAAUCAAAAUUUCGAAAAACCAUUUUAUUUCACUCUCUCCAAUGGAAGAUCUUCGAAAUUCGUCGCUAAAGUUUUUCACCGAUCAAGAGCUCUGUUACGCCGAUAUCGUUCCUCCUUCUCAGGUUCGAGCGAGAAUUGAAGUUUCAGUUCUCAGUUUCCUCAAAAUAUUGAAUGCGUCAAACCCUGCUAUCUCUGAUUUGCCUCUGAUUCAAAGAAAAUCGAGCAACAGUCGAGUGAAUCACGGCCUGUUGACCGAAUUAUCAUAUGUUUUUCUCUCCAAUUCUGUAUCUACAAGGUCUCUUAUGAGACCUAAUGCAGCAAAAGCCUUUGUUAGGGUGUGGAAGGUGAUGGAAAUGUGCUAUCAGAUAUUGCUUCAGGAAAAGCGUGUCACACAGAGGGAACUCUUCUACAAGCUGCUGUGUCAUUCACAACAUCUGUUUCCUUCUCAAAAGGAUGUCAAUAGGACAAUCCAAGAUCUUGUAGCGUUGCUUCGGUGCAGCAGAUACAGUCUUGGAAUCAUGGCAUCUAGUCGAGGAAUCAUUGCUGGGCGUCUGAUUUUGCAGGAACCGGGCAAAGAGGCUGUUGAUUGCUCUGUCUGUGGAUCAUCUGGACACGCAAUUUCUGGUGACUUGAAUUUGUUAGAUAAAUUGAUUCUAAAUGCAGAUGCACGUUACAUUAUAAUUGUGGAAAAGCAUGCAAUAUUUCAACGGCUUGCUGAAGAUAGGUUUUUUAAUCAAAUUCCAAGCAUUCUUAUCACAGCUAAAGGUUACCCAGAUAUUGCCACAAGAUUUCUUCUUCAUCGAAUCAGUCGAGCAUUUCCAGACUUGCCAAUUUUAGCUUUGGUGGAUUGGAAUCCAGCUGGAUUAGCUAUACUAUGCACCUUCAAAUUUGGAAGUGUAGGAAUGGGCCUAGAGUCAUAUAGAUACGCUUGCAAUGUCAAGUGGUUAGGACUACGGGGGCAUGAUCUACCCAUGCUGCCUGAUCAAUCUUUCGUUCCAUUGAAGACAAAGGACCUACAAAUUGCUCAAAGCUUGAUGUCCUCGAGAAUUUUACCAGAGAAUUACAAGGAAGAGGUCACUUUGAUGGUUGAGAGCGGCAGGAGAGCUGAAAUUGAAGCCCUGUACUUUCAUGGAUAUGAUUAUUUGGGGAAGUACAUAGCUAAGAAAAUUGUACAGUCCGAUUAUAUAUAAUUUGUAUUCAAUAAACAAUAGUAUAGUUACAAAAUAAAAAAGCCAGUGUUGUAUUAAAAAAACGGUCUUGCUAACACGUUUCAAACACAUAUUCGGGAAUGCAAAACUCAAAAUUUUGCACAA